ACCCAUAUGUGAAACAUACAAUACAACAAAGUAAAUCUCAGUGGAAGACCAUGGGACCAGCAAAAGUCCAUGUACCUUCUCCAAAAGACUUCCUUCAGAAACAUUCAAAGGAACCAAAACUACCAAAGAGGAAAAAAGAUCAAACUGGAAAGAAAGCUGUAAAAUUAAGCGUUCCCCACAGAACCGAUCUCCCAGUAAUGGGCAUUCAGAGUCAAAAGAAUUUCAUAAACACAAAUGCAGCCAAUGUUAUCAUGGGAGUGGCUAAGAAACCGGUACCAGUUUGUGUUGACAAGCACCAAGGAGACAAAUUUCUCCUUGAAACUUCAGGACUUGUUCCAAGAUACCUGAAAAAAAAGGAUUAUGGUGUUGUUCCAAAAUACGUAAUUAGGCGAAAUGAAGAGGCGAAGAGAGCCCAGGAGGCGUAUGAUGCCUACGUCAAGAAGACUCUUAGAGAAAAAGCCAUGAAACGUCUCUCUGACGAAGAAAGAGAAGAACUUCUUGACGGUCUCAAGAAGAACUGGGAACAGGUUCAUCAGGCAUUCCAAAGCCUUUCAGUGGAAAUCGAUACAUUGCCGAAGAAACUUAACAAAGAAAGACUGGAGCUGCAGAUGAAACAGUUGGAACAUGACAUUAAUACCAUAGAGAAACACAAAGUGAUUUACAUUGCAAACAAAUAAGGAUAUUUUUA